AUGGACUCAGACACGGCGAGUUACAGCUGCCCGCAUGAGGCGGCUAGUCUGCUUGUCUUUCUCCUCCUGUUUGUCUGUGCGUUCCAACACCUGGUCCACGUCUCAUGUACUUCAUCCAACAAUCUCUUCCCUUCCUAUACCGUCCCCCCUCUCUCUCUCUCUCACCCCUCUCCCCCCUUACUAAACCGCCUCUCUCCAACGCACACCUUUCGUUUCCCUUUAGUUUUCUUUCCUGUCAGCCGUGCAGGUACGACUUGCAGACGCGCAGGGGCGAUCGGUGGACAAUCGAAUCUCUUUGUCGACUCCUCCCUUUGUAUCCAUCUUCUACCCCCUUUCCUUCACCCCCUGUACACCCCACCCACCCCUCCUCUCGCCGCGAUGGACGUCAUACCGCUGGUGGCACAGGAGGUUGUCUCGCGCUAUCACAAGCAGGCAGGAGACCGUCCCAUGAGCUCCGCUAUCACGCUCGACCUUGCAGCGUUGCUGACGCGUCUCUGGCUGCUGAAGGAGCGUGACCGACUUGACAGCGCUGGCGAUGUGGCGGCGAGCAUCCCUCAUAUUGAAGCCUUGGCGGACGACAUGCUUGAUUAUCUUCUUCAUCGCUGCAGCCUCCCUAGCCUCGCCACGCUGUCCUUGCAGGUCCGCUGCGACACGCUGUGCAUGUCGCGCAAAGUGCAACAACACAAAGCAGAGGUGAAGAAGGAGGCUAUUCGAGUGCAACUGGAGGGGGCGCUGAUGUCUAUGGAGCCUGAGAUGGCGAGUGCUGAGCAAGUCUGGGGAUCCCUCGCGGUCUGCUUUGCGCACUACUACAGCGACCUCGGACCUGUGGCAUCAGCCACGGUGAAGGCGGAUAGCGGCAGCAGCGGCACGGCACACAACGAGACCCUCUCCGCCGUCAGCUCAGUUCUUCCUCGUGCACAGGUGGCGGCAUUCCUGCGUCAGGACCGUGUGGAGCAGACGUGCCAGCUGCGGCAGCUUCGCCGCAUCACGUGGGGACUACGGCUCUAUCAGAAGGAGAUGGGUCGCAGCGCCGGCAUGGACUUAAUGUCGCUAUCCACGUCUGUGGACACACCACUGGCGGAGCUAGAGGUGAAGUCGGCGGAGGCGGUGGCUGAGCUGGAGCCACGUGUAAACCUAACACGUGCGCUGCUGGUGUCUUCGACCUGUCCACUGGAUGCCGUGGCUCAUCAGCGGCUCAAGGAGGAGUACCACCACAUUCUUCUGGUCCAGCACGUUCUCCGGCAUGUGCAAUGCGGACUCCAGCACCUCCGCGAGUCCAUGAACAACCGCGUCAUGCAGCCAUACGCGUUACUUUUGGCGGAGCUGCGGCAGCUGUUGAUGCCGACGAGCAAAGUGGCCUCAGCUGCAGUGUCCUCGUCCGCUAAUGCCUCCGCCUUCGAUUCUUCACCGACCGCCGUCGCCGCCGCCGCACCUGGAGAGGCGGCUCCAAAGAAGGUGGUGUUUCCCCGGUUCAUGGAGCUGGCAGACGCGUAUGAGGCGGGUAUGCGCUGCGCCGACGAACUUCCGCUCUGGGCAGCGUUACUGCGUGCUGCAACAGAGUCCGCUUCUGGGUACGCCUCGACACUGCCCAGAGUCGCUGCAGAGGACGCGCUCGCCCUCGCGGAGGCUGCACCGGCACCCCCUGUCACCUCUGCGAGUGCCCUUGCUGCUGAGGUCACUGCCCUGCUUGACUCCGACACAACGCGCCAGCGACUUCCCUCUGGCGUUCACGCGCGCUACCGCGCCGACCUCCCGCUACACACAGUCGACCCCACCGUGGCGCGGGUUUACCCUGAGUCGCUCUGCGGGAUGCGAGGCUACUGCCCCGUUCAAUUUCUCGACGGGCGUCCAACCUCUGGACUUCUGCUGCCUGGCCAAGCACCGUCACAAUCUUCAUCAUCCUCACCGUCAAGGACGUCACUCGGAUGUGUGGAGGUGAGCGGUAGUACCAGUCCUGCUGCCAUGCCGCGCCCACUCUACUUCAUCUUUGCCGACGCAGCUGCAAUGCGCACCUUUGCGGCUGAUCCGUGGCGGUACGUGGAGGGGUGCUUGCACGUCUUCCACGCUGCCGAUCCGUGCCUGAGUCUCGUGAUGGGGCGGGCUGGAGAUCUGCCGCGCGAGCUGUACUUGGAGGGGUCGCGGGUGGUGGAGCGGCUGACGACUGAUGUGGAAAACGCACAGCACGCGCAGGGGCACAGGCAAGACUGCGGUACCCAGACAGGACAGAUCGACGCCUACAUUGACCACAGCUACUUCUGGAAUGAGUGGGACCUCCGCCGACACGCACUGAAGCUGGCCAACCUCAUGCGGAUGCGGACGCACUCUUCGCAGACCGCCGCGUCGCACUUCCGCCGUGAGGCAGCGAUGCAGGCGGACCCUCACAAAGACUCCGCGACUCAGACGCUGCACGACGCGGCAACGCAGCCGCCGCAUGUGGUGCACUAUCUGAAGGGGCUGCGUGGCACGGAUACCUCGGCGGUCGAACAGGUGCGCAAGGUCGUCGAGCACUGA